CACAGGUACAGAGAGAAAACUGGCCCAGCUCUUAAAAUAUCCAUUUAUUGCAAAUAAAUACAUAUGAUACCCUGAUUACAUCAGAAUAAUAAUACAUUUACACUAUAUACAUAUAGUGGUAUAAAUAAACACAGAGAUAUGAAAGACAACAUUGUUUAGAACAAAAUAAAAUUUAGGGACACGUAAAUAUGUUUGGAAAAGAUUUCUGACAUAACACACAUGUGUGUAUAUAUAUAUAUAUAUAUAUAUAUAUAUAUAUAUAUAUAUAUAUAUAUAUACGUUGAUUGGAGUAGCCGUUUAGUCCAGAGAUUUAGAUAUUAAAAUAACAAGAGUAUUGCAUUGAGCAAUGAUACUUUUUUUAUUGGACUAACUAUACAUUUAUAAGUUGACAUAUACAAGUAUGUGCAAAGAUAUAUGUACAAAUUCUAGCAUUAAUAAUCAUUUUAAAAAAAGAAAACCACGUGAGAUAGUCAUAUCAUGAUUUCUAGAAAUACAAAUACACAUUAAUUUAUGUGAAAAUAUCAUAUAUCAGAUUUUUUGUAUAACAAAUAAAUAAAUCAAGAUUUUAUUGUUUGUUCAGGUAUAAAUCUAGCUAUUACUUAAACAUUAACAAAUUAAAAAUAAAAGAUUGGCUUUAGAAAAAUGUGCUUGUUCAUGGACAGCAAUGAUAUGGUACAAAUAAAGUUGGAAAAAAACAGAAUAUCCACAACAUCGAUGAUUCUUGUUUAUCAACAGUCAGAUGCUCAUCGCUCCGUACUUGACGCGUGUGUUUUUGGCAGAUAUUGACGAUAUAAGGGCGUCGUAUGUGGUUUUGCGGCAGAGAUGUCUGGCGAGAGUAUUGACUCCAGUGAAUGCACCGAGAUUGACCCUUUGAUAAAUCGGCCCCAUAGUCUCUCUUUUUCUCUCUCUCUCCAUCUCUCUUUUCUCUCUCUCUCUCCGUCUCUCUUUUUCUCUCUCUCUGUCUCUCUAUUUGUCUCUCUCCUCUCUCUGUCUCUCUUUUUUCUCUCUCUCUCCUCUCUAUGUCUCUCUUUUUUCUCUCUCUGUCUCUCCUCUCUCUCUCUCUAUUAUUCUUCUCUCUCUCUUAUUAUUCUGUGGGGGUUGUUCAAGUCAGCCAAUGAGCACUAUUACACCAAGAUCAGCUACUCAUAAACAUGCACUUCCUGUAAGUUCAUAUUUAAUCAGCGUUUCAUGAACUUUUUCUUCUGUUUCAUACACAGUAUAGAUUUUCAGUACAACGUCCCUAAGAAACAUUACACAGACUUUCACACAUUAUAAAGCAUUUGCAUCACAAUAUAUUCUGUAUGGACACAACAUGCCAAUAUCGAGUAUAAAGAACUGAUAUGAAUUAUUCUGUAAUUAAGGAAUAUUUGUUUGCAGAUUUCUUUAUUUUUUGCCUUACCAGCAUGUUCUUAUUAUACAAAGAAGUGUUUUACUUUAUUGUGAAUGUUGCAUAUCAUAUAUAUGGAAUAAACAUAACAUUGCUAGAACCAUA